AUGUCAGAGCCAGGCCAACCCCCGGAUUAUGAUCUGUCUAACCCCAUCACCUCGACUACCGGUUUCCGACAAGGCCUCACAGCCUACGGAGACGCUCACUUCUCCCUAUUUUUAAGGAAAGUGUUUAUCAAGGCGCUCGGAUACUCCGAAGAUGCGCUGUCCCGUCCGAUCAUCGGGAUAAUCAACACGGGCUCGGGGUUCAACCCUUGCCACGGCAAUGCCGCCCAAUUGAUGGAGGCGGCAAAGCGCGGUGUCAUGCUGAACGGUGGCAUUGCUAUUGAUUUUCCCACGAUUAGUCUACAUGAGGGAUUCUCUCACCCCACGAGCAUGUUCCUACGAAAUCUGAUGAGCAUGGACACGGAGGAAAUGAUUAGAGCGCAGCCGGUCGAUGCUUGUAUCAUGAUUGGUGGAUGUGACAAGACUGUCCCCGCCCAAAUCAUGGGAGGCAUUUCGGCCAACAAGCCUGUUCUUCCGUUGUUGACUGGGCCUAUGAUGCCGGGCAGCCAUCGGGGCAAGCGAAUCGGCGCUUGCACUGACUGUCGGAACAACUGGGCCUCCUACAGAGCUGGGACCAUUGAUAUGGAGGAGAUUAUGGCUGUAAACGAGGAAUUGGCUCCAACUAUCGGGACCUGUGGAGUCAUGGGCACAGCAAGUACCAUGGCGUGCAUCACGGCCGCGCUCGGCCUCAUUCCUUUGAAUGGAGCUUCUGCACCGGCUGUCUCUGCAACCAGGCUGCGAGUCGCCGAACAAACCGGCGCCAACGCCGUUGCAGCUGCAGAGAAGCAAAGGGUCCCGCAGAAUGUACUAUCCAAGGAGUCCUUCUACAACGCAGCCAUUGUUCUCCAAGCGAUUGGGGGCUCCACCAAUGCAAUGGUUCAUCUCAUGGCCAUCAUUAAUCGUCAUCCGGACAUCAAAGGCAGCGUGACCUUGAAAACGCUCGAUGACAUCGGACGAACCACCCCUCUCCUUGUGGACUUGAAACCCAGCGGCGAUAACUACAUGAUUGAUUUCCAUAAUGCGGGAGGGAUGCUCUGCCUCUUGCACCAGUUGAAGCCGUUACUCUAUCUUUCUGCACGAACAAUUACCGGGGAAACACUAGGCGAGCUGCUUGAUCGCAACCGUUUCCGAGAUUUUACGUACUCACGCACCAUAAUUCGUCCACUUUCAGACCCGCUGUAUCCGCGUUCAUCUCUCGCAGUGUUAUAUGGCAACAUAGCGCCCAAUGGCGCGGUAAUGAAGGCCUCCGCGUCGAAAGAUAAGCACCUCCUUCAACAUACCGGCCCAGCCGUGGUGUUUGAAAACUCAAAAGAUCUCGCUCUGCGCCUUGACGAUCCGAAACUUGAAGUAACGGCGGAGUCGGUUCUCGUGCUCAAGGGCAUCGGUCCCAUUGGGAAUCCCGGUAUGCCCGAGGCAGGGAUGAUUCCAAUCCCACGAAAACUAGCCGCACAGGGGGUAACGGAUAUGUUGCGGAUCUCUGAUGGUCGGAUGUCAGGGACUGCCGGUGGCACUAUUGUCUUGCAUAUCUCGCCUGAAUCGGCAAUCCCGGAUUCGCCCUUUGGGGUUGUUCAGUCCGGGGAUAUGAUUGUGUGCGAUGUAGAAAGUCGGAAGUUGGAGUUGCAGAUAUCCGAGGAGGAGCUGAAGGCUCGUAUAGCUGCGAGGAAACUGAAACUGUCGAGCACUGGUGCCCGUGAGGAUCCGUCGCCGUGGGUUCAGAGACAGACUCGACGAGGCUAUCGCGGUCUCUAUGAACGGACCGUGAACCAGGCACAUGAGGGGGCUGAUUUCAGUUUUCUCACUGCUACUGGUGAUUAACUUGAACGCUUGCCCUUAUUAUUGUCCAUUCUUGUGUGCAUUCAAAGUACCCAAAGCCGAAUGUUAAGCCUA